GUCACAAUGGCUGCGUGCGUGGCACAAUUCUCUUUCCUGUCAUGCUGUGGCGAGUGGGAGAAGCAUCGAGCAUUGCGAAAGCGCGCGCGGUCGCGAGGUAUGCUGGUGAUAGAUUGCAAGAACAGGAAGCGGUCCGUGCAUUCUACGAUUCGGAGUCAGAGCCGGUGCAAGAGAAGCCUGAGACUAUGGAUAUGUGCAAGGAAACAGUCGGGGGCUCCAGUGUUGGAGACGACGGUUCCGAGGACAGCAUGGGCGACGACUCGUCGCUCCGAGAGAGCCUGCAGGGUGCCCUCUCGAGCCGCAAUGCCAACUCUCCUUUGGAGUUGUGCUUGAAGGCCCCACCGCAGGCCGAGCUGGAGCAACUCUUAGGAUUUUCCCUUGACCCUGCAACAUACAAGCGUAUCUUGCGGCAAGAUGGUGGGGAGAAACAGAAGCAUCCAGAAUCCCGGGUGGAGCAGGAUGCGGCUCCAAAGGAAGCUGAGGGUGCGGCUACCGAGGGAACGCUUGAUCUUAUGAAUCAGCUGGCUGCUUUGGAUCCGCCCGAAUUGGCCAUGCCGGUCCAGCCCGUACCCGAAACCUUGAACGAGCCCGAAGCCGCCCUAGCCGACGAGAAGCCGGCACGCACUCCCGAGAAGCCUCCGGCUCCGAUUGGAUUGGCUGCCCAGCUUUCAGCGAUGGACCCCAAGAAGCUGCGUCAGGUUUUGGCCAUCGUCAACCAGUUGCAAACUUCGCAGAAGAAUCUGUUCGAAGCUGAAACUGAUGCUGCACGGCGCAAGCUGAAUUUUGAUGCGAACUCUGACGGCGAGGGUUCAGCUCCCGACUGCGUGGACACGCAGUCCUGGGAGGUUGAGCCCGCAGAUUAUGUGCAAGCAUGGCUUCAGUCUGCACGUGCUGAGCAUCAAUUUCGGCUAGAAGAAUCCAUAGCUGCGAAGAAAGCUGAAGAUCGAGAGAGAGAGGCAUUGAGGGCAGCAAGAGCUGCAGAGAGGGAUGCAUCAAGAGCUGCAGAGACGGAGGCAUCAAAAGCUGCAGAGAGGGAGGCAUCAAAAGCUGCAGAGAGGGAGGCAGAGGAAUCCGCAAGAUUGACUGCUCGGAUCACCAAGCGCGAGCCUCUGUCAGAGUCGGUCGAGUCAGCUGCUGCAUUGGUGGUGACACGUCAGGCCCAGCUCGCUUUGACUGCCAAGAAGAAGGCCAAGGCCCCUGCGGAGAUGCCUGUUCCGGAGGACGAGGUCUCUGAGGACAAGCCGCAGCUUGUGCGGAAGGCCAAGGGCAAGAGCGAUGGUUCUGAUUCGACGGGCAAGGUCGUGGGUGGCAAGCCGAAGCCGGGGAGUUUGAAGCGGAAGCUGAGCAAGCGCAGCCUUCUGCGCAACAAGAAGUUGAAGAAGGCCAGUGGCAAGGCAGAUGCUCCUGACGACGCGACGGUCUACUACAGCGACGAGGAAGCCCACGGGGCGGAUGAUGCGUGGGAGGAGCCUCAGGAAUGGGAGUGGACAGCGGAGGAAUGGGCCGCAUGGGAAGCUCAGCGUGCUGAGGCUCCUUCGAAGCGUGUUCGGCAGAAGUCCAAGCAGGAAGAGGAGCCGAUGCCGGACGGCGACGCCGACGAGGAUGAGGAUGAGGAAGCGGACGAGAAUGCCAUCAUCUUCGCGCGCAGGUACUGCCCAUCCCGGCCGUGGUUCAAGGCCAAAUUCUGGGGCAUCAAGGAAGCGUACGAUGCUCGCAUCCGACCAUUCGUGAAGGUGUAUAUGAUCUCCAUGGUUCUGCAGGACUUCUUCUGGAAGUAUGUGGCCCAGGCUACAAGCGAGGAGCCGGUUGAAGAUGAAAAGGAUUGGCCCACGACAGCUUCGCAGCUUACUUUGCCUUUCUUGCUGGAUGACGAUGUGAGCAAGAAAUGGACCCAACAGGGGGAGAAGCUCUUUGGUAAGGGCAAGAAGCCCACACGCAAGCAGUACGAGACCGCGAUCAAGAAGUGCGUCUUCAUACUGGCUGUGCUAUGUCUACUCUUCAACGAGCGGCUCUCCUCCGAGCGGGAGUUUGUCUUCCUGGAGCAUUAUGCUGGUCAUGGAGCGAUGUCUCGUGAGAUCAGCAAGGCCUACACUACAACCUUUGGUCAACGUAUGGCCGAGCUUCUGCCCAGCUUCAACGAGUCCCCGGCAUUGCGCCCAAGCUCCAUGGUGGAUUCCUUGACUAUUGCUAAGCUUCAGGCUAUGAGUAUGGGCACGGACGAUUGGUGUGACGCGGGUGUUCCAGACUUGCUGCGGUAUGUCUACGGGGCUAAAGGUCUGAACAUCCCUCAGGACCUGACUACUGCUAUUUCGGUCGCCGAAGCCGAGAUGAAGACCGAGCCCGCGACGGACUCCCAGCUGGACCAAACGGUGCUGAAGCCGGUGAAGCAGGAGCCAGGAGUUCCCCAGCCGCUGCAGAGAAUGGACACCGGGACGUCCCUGCCCUCUCCAACAUCUACAACACCGCCUCCUUCCUCACAGGCGCAUGCGAACCUUCAGCAGGAGCUGAUCUACAAGAUGGAGAUGUUGAAGGCCACGGUGACGGCACAGCAGGAAGAGCUCCUGAAGCUCCGUUCUGCCCAGCCGAGCCAGGCACCGGAAGUGCCUGCAAAGGCCGACAAAGUGCCAAAGACCGGGGCCACGGCAGGCUGUGCUGCGCAGGUCGUUGAAAGCCCGACUCCCCGUGGUUCGAAGCGCUCCCAUCCGAUCACCCCAAGCACGACGCCGACCAAGCCAAACAAGCCCGACUCCCGGACUUCCAAGGACAACCCAGCUCAGGCUGACUCUGAUGACGACGAACCCCCCAAGGUCCUGAACUUCGCGGAUAUGACGAAGUUAGAGAAGGAGAAGGUGCGGAGGAUCGUGUCGCCCAAAAAAGGGACAGGGAACCUUGAGGUUCCUGAGAACAUCUUCGAGAUGUGGAAGAGCGCCGGCAGCAGCAGGGACAAACUGGCCCGCAUCGAGAAGAUCGUCGCCUGGGCAGAGAAGAAGGGCCUCGUUCGAACCUGUGAGUACGACGACGAGACCCUCGAGUACUGGGUUAACACGAGGACCUCCGGGACCCUGACCAAGGAGGACCUGGAGCAGCUCGAGAGGAAGCAAAAGUUCGAGGGGGAGGGAGGAGAUGAGGUGAACUUCAACCCGGCGGUUCAGCUUGAUGGCUUUUCCUUUGACGACGAUGACUCCAUGAUCCACAAGAACCCCAAGAACCUGGAGGGUGAUCAGCACAAGAGUGCCCUAGGACUGCAUGUCUAUGCUGCUUCCCAGAUGAAGGAGCACAUGAAACAUGUGCUCAAGGCCAAGAACUCCCUGGACGGCUUUGUGGACAAAAUCCGGCCCAGCGUGUCUGGGGAUUCUAAGGCGACCCAGACUCUCAAGAAAAUGGAUGCCCUGAUCAAGGAGUAUGAAAUCUUGUACGAGGAGAUGGCCGAACUCCAAGCGGAAGGGGGAGCCGGCGGCUAUACCCAGAAGCCGGUCACUGCUCACCCGGGCCCGGAAAGCGGCCAAGAAGGGCUGGAACACUCGAUCCUGGAUGAGAGGUUGAUUUCCGAGACUGCUGUUGCUUCGCGCAUUUUGUGGCAUUGUGUCAAUGUGAUCAAUGCAGUCCGGCGGGAGCACGGGGGCGAUGCACUUUGUGUGUUUAAGAUUGGCCUUACUUCCGAUCCGUUUCAGCGCAGGAGAAGCUACGAGCAACAGAAUUUCAAAGCCUUCGUUGUGCUACAUAAAGUGUCCCAGCCAGAGCUGCUAGGGAUGAUGGAGAUGCUGGAGGCUGCUCUGAUAGCCGAGUUUCAUGACAAUGAACGCUGCUGCCGAAACAAACAACUCGGUGGGGAGAGCAUGCGUAAGAAGGACUUUUCGCCUAGAUUCCCACCUCCGUACUUUGCAUACUGUGUCCCCGCCAAAGAUCUGGUCAUGGAUGCCCAGGCCGCCAUCAAGAAGGACGCCUGCGAGGUGCUGGCGAAGAUUGCAAAGGUGCAGCUGUCUUGUGCCGAUGCACCCCUCUAUGAAAUCUUGAGCAAGACUGGAAUGACUUUGCCGAUUGACUUUAGCUGGACUCCGGCCGGCAAUACCUCUAGGUACCCCUUUCUGAAACCGAAGACCGUGCUGGAAACUUUGAGCGACCAUGGCCGCUUUCAUCGAGUGCUAGGGGUGCCUGUUCACUUGGCGUCUGAAGCUCUUGAUCUGUUCUGGCAGAAGUUCAGAGCCCUCCACCCAAAGCAUGACAUAUUCGAGAACUCCGAGAACCGGGACUUUCAGAAGCUCAUCCCUUACUACUUACAUGGUGACGGGGGGAGGGGCUACAAGAAGGAAGCUAUCGAGAUAUUGUCCAUGUUUCCAGCGCUUGGCACUGGGUCUAGGAAAAGACCUGUGGACUUAAGUUACAAGCGAACAGCAGCAGCAGAAAUGGAGCUCGGCAUCAAUCUGCAGGGCAGCUCGGGUGCCACACGGUUCUUGUUUUCUGUUGUGAGCAGCUUGGUGGCUAAGAAGGAUGGCAACGUAUUCGAUGAUCUCCUUAGGGUUUGGAGUCGAGAAUUAAUGUUGCUAUUUGAUGAUGGCUUUCAGGUUGCAGGGAGCACAUGGCGCAUCGCGAUUUUGGGGUUCACUGGGGAUUCCCCCUUUGUCAAGAAGGUCGCCAAAACGACCCGUUCUUUUCAUAAUACUCGUAAGACGCAUUCUUCGAGGAACCUACAGAAGGGCUGCUGCUGGCUUUGCCACGCUGGCUACGAAUCACCGGAGGAUGGAAUUCACUUUCCGUUUGAGCACAUAGGCUUCACCCAGCCCCUAUGGUUGCAGACAACCCGAUUGCGAAACCCAUUGCCGUGGGAUGGCACUGGCGGCCCAUUGCAGCCGAAUGUGCUGUUGGACAGGGCCGAUACCCCUGCAGCCUUUUACCGUGCAGAUUUUUUUCACGUGUGGCAUGCUGGAGUUGGCCUUGACUUCACUUCGAGCGCCCUCAUCUACUCGAUGAGGGUGGUGUUUGGUCUUGGGGGCGUGCAGCGGGACCUCAACGCCUUGAAUGAAUGUUUGAAGUCAUGGAGUGCAAGAACGAAAAACAGGCUUUAUUGUGGGCGUCUUACAGAGGACCUUUUGGGCUACAAUGGAACACGGGAGUACCCUGAGGGAAAGUGGAGCAAGAACAUGGAUACGGCUACCGUGAUGAAAUUCCUUGUUUACUUCUUGGAGCGCCCUGAAUCCCAGCAAAAACUUCAAGCUGAUGACAUCCUGCAGGAUAUUUUGGUGGCUGCAAAGGAUAUGGGCCAAGCAAUAAGAAUUUCCCUUCAGGCAGAACUUUUCAUGUCUAGCGAGGAUACCCGCAGCGUCGUCGAUUGUGGGCACAAAUUCCUCAUGGGAUAUUCGGUUCUUGUGACGAAGUGCUACGAGCGGUCACUGUGCUUGUUCAAGCUUCGGCCCAAAGUGCACUACUUGAACCAUAUAUUCCUUCGUUGUUACGAAGAGUUCAGAGCUGCAGGAUUCGCGACGAAUAUUCUGGCGGAAUCGACUUUCAUGUCGGAGGAUUUCGUGGGCCGCGCAGCUCGGCUCAGCCGAAGGGUUUCGACCCGGGCUGUCGCUGUGAAAACUCUGCAAAGAUACUUGUUGCAUAUGAAGAGUGCGUUGGACAAGGAGGCAUUCUCGAUGAUGGAUUUGAGCAUGUUCGGCUAA